AUGGCAAACAACCAGGCGCCGGCUCAGAUGAUGUAUUACUACGUCACCAUGCCGCAGCAAGGCCAGGGUCAGUACCCUCAGGAUGGACAGAUGCAGGGACAAACCAUGCAGCAGCCCAACUUCGUGGACCAAUCGCAGAUGCAGAACUUCAUGACCGGUCAGCAGUACGGCUUUGUGCAGACCCAAGACGGUAACAACGGGAUGAACAUGCAGAUGGGCCAGGUACCCAUGAUGGCCGCAAAUGGCGCCGCAAUGGGGAUGCCCGGUCAGCAGGUGAUGCUCGUCAUGGGUAUGCCCAACCAGCAGGGCCAGCAGAUGAUGGACCAGGGCCACCAGCAGGGAGGUUGGGCCUGCGGCGGACAGGACGCCAACGCGCAGCAAGGCCAGAACCAAGUGGGAGGCCAUCCAAUGAUGAUGCCCCAGCAACAGGCUUUCCAGCCUCAGCAACAGCAGCAGUUCCAGCAGAUGCCGCAGCAGCAACAACAGCAGCCGCAGCAACCGCAGCAGCAGUCCUCGAUGCAGCAGAUGCGACCGGCCCGCGCGGAUGGCAAAGACGAGGCGGAAGCGAAUUCCGCGAGUCAGCCGGCAGAGGCCCCGGCACCCGCUGUGAAGGCAGGAGCCAAGAAGAAAGGGCUUGCCAACAAGAAGUUGGAAAAGGCCACAGACAAGAAGGAGCCGACUCCUGCCGAAGCCAGUGCCCCCGCACCGGCAAUGACAGCGGCCGUCCCCGCCCAAUCGUCGACCCCUGCACCCGCCCCAGCGCAGGCGGAGGAGGCUGACCGGCCAGCCGGCCCAGAGGGCACUGAGUCCGGAAGCACAUCCGGACAAGUGAGCCGAUGGCCCGAUGUGAGGACAAGCGUGCCGAACGCGAGUGCCAAGCAGAACAGCUUCGCUUCAUCCAUCAAGGCCCUCAACUUGGAACCAAUGCGUGCUAACAACCAGCCCGCGAAGACCAACGGCCGCCCUCUGCGGACCCCGGUGGCGCCGUUGGAGCUCCCGGCAUCAGCGACGCAGGCGCCUGCGCAGACGCAGCAAUCUCAGCAGCCUCAGCCGCAGCAACCGUCGCCGACUCCGGCUGCCGUGCAGCCUCAGGAGCAGCCAAAGCCGCUACCGGCCCCCACGCCGGCUCCU